CCAGCUCCCAAUUAUCUUAAAGCUGCUAAGCCAGGCUUAGUCUUUUGAUACUCUCCGGUGAUCACCAUGCCGAAAAUCGCCUUGGGAACUACCCGAGAGGCUGCUCAGCCUGACUGCAUAAGAGCGCUUGCUAUCGAGUUUAUCACCACUUUCUUCUUCGUCUUCGCCGGAGUCGGAGCAGCAAUGACAGCCGAUGAGUUGGGAGGAAAUACACUGGUGGGGUUGUUCGCGGUGGCGGUGGCUCAUGCUCUUGUGGUCGGCGUUAUGAUAUCGGCCGGACACAUAUCCGGCGGCCAUCUCAACCCAGCCGUCACGAUCGGGUUGCUAUUCGGCGGCCACAUCACGGUGUUCCGAGCUAUCCUUUACUGGAUCGAUCAGCUGUUGGCAUCUUCAGCUGCUUGUAUACUUCUCAAGUAUCUCACCGGAGGACUGAACACUCCGGUUCAUACGUUGGCAAGUGGAAUGGGGUUCCUUCAAGGCAUAAUAUGGGAGAUUAUCCUGACAUUCGCCUUGUUAUUCACAGUGUACGCCACAAUGGUGGACCCAAAGAAAGGAUCCAUCGAUGGACUUGGUCCGAUGCUCACCGGGUUCGUUGUUGGUGCCAACAUCUUAGCCGGUGGAGCUUUCUCUGGUGCCUCGAUGAACCCGGCUCGGUCAUUCGGACCGGCUUUGGUUAGCUGGAACUGGACCGAUCACUGGGUUUACUGGGUGGGACCUCUGAUCGGGGGCGGCCUUGCCGGCUACAUCUAUGAGAAUUUCUUCAUUCUCAGGACUCAUGGUCCGCUUCCCCAUGAAGAUGGGUUUUAAGUGUUUACUAUAUUACAUAACAUUAUGGUCUCUUUGUUUUGUCUCUCAACGUAUUUUAAGUUUUUAGUGUGUCUGGUUCCUCUAUAUCUUUGUUUGAUAAUCUAUUUUACGAAUUAACGAAUAAUAUUUUUAUAUAUUUUAAUU